GUCAUCGCCAGUCGAAUGCUAGUUGAACACGAGUGUUUCUUGCCGCUUGCUGGUGGAGUACAGUUGUGUUGAUCAACUUUGCCACAUUUCAUUCAUACAAAACGUCCCGUAGGUUCAUAUCCCGUGUUGUUCACUUUAUCAACAUGGGUAAAAGAAACAGAGACAAGCAGCGACAGCUGAAGCAGAGAGAUGGCAAACAGGGUGAUGACAGAGACCGAAAUAAUGCAGGUUGGGGAGCUGGAUACUCUGAAAUUGUUAAGGAAAACGAGCUGUUCGAGAAAUACUACAAGGAGCUGAAGAUCGUGCCAGAGGGCGAAUUUGAGGAGUUUAUGGCAGCCAUGAGGGAGCCCCUACCUGCGACCAUUCGCAUCACUGGCUACAAAAGCCAUGCCAAAGAAAUUCUGCACACUCUGAAGGAGAAGUACUUCAAGGAUAUAAAGGAUCUUGAAGUGGAUGGUCAGACGAUUGAGGCUCCCCAGGCCCUCAGCUGGUACCCUGAUGAACUGGCAUGGCACACCAAUCUGAGCAGAAAGAUUCUGCGCAAGUCUCCCUUGCUGGAGAAGUUCCACCAGUUUCUCGUCAGUGAAACUGAAUCGGGUAACAUCAGCAGGCAAGAAGCUGUCAGCAUGAUUCCUCCUCUCCUUCUCAAAAUUGAGCCACACCACAAGAUUCUGGACAUGUGCGCUGCUCCUGGAUCAAAGACCUCCCAGCUGAUCGAGAUGCUCCACUCUGAUAUGGACAUUUCUUUUCCUGAGGGCUUUGUGAUCGCCAACGACUCGGACAACAAGCGCUGCUACCUGCUGGUGCACCAGGCCAAGCGUCUGAACAGCCCGUGCAUCAUGGUGGUGAACCACGACGCCUCCUGCAUGCCCCGGCUGCAGGUGGAGCAGGACGGACGCAGGGAGACGCUCUUCUACGAUAGGAUACUCUGCGACGUGCCCUGCAGUGGCGAUGGGACGAUGAGAAAGAAUAUUGAUGUGUGGAAGAAGUGGACCACAAGUAACAGCCUGCAUUUACACGGGCUGCAGCUGAGGAUAGCGGUGCGAGGACUGGAGCAGCUGGCCGUGGGGGGACGCAUGGUGUACUCUACCUGCUCCCUCAACCCCGUGGAGGACGAGGCCAUCAUCGCCGCCCUUCUGGAGAGGAGUGAAGGUGCUCUGGAACUGGCGGACGCUGCAGCUGAUCUGCCUGGCCUGAAAUGGAUGCCUGGAAUCACGUCAUGGAAGGUGAUGACCAAAGAAGGCGAGUGGUUUAAGGACUGGAGCGAGGUGCCGGUCCACAGACACACACAGAUCCGCCCCACCAUGUUCCCGCCCACUGACCCCGAGAAGAUCAAGGACAUGAACCUGGAGAGAUGCAUGAGGAUCCUACCCCAUCACCAGAACACGGGCGGUUUCUUUGUGGCCGUGCUGCUUAAGAAAUCUGCUAUGCCCUGGAACCGUCGCCAUCCACGGGCCGAGAAGAAGAAGAUCCAGGCCUCAGCAGGGACAGCAGAGGCCGACGCAGCCCCAGAAGAGGAGCAGGCGGAGGGGGAGCCUUCCCCAGGUGAAGCCCCUGUUGCCAUGGAGGGCCAGACGUCCACAGAGCCUGCUGAUGGAACUGGCACUGCUGUCUCAACAGACCCACAACAGGACCCUGCAUCCAACAAGGACGCUAUGUGUCGCCCUCCACCUUCAAAGAAGAUGAGGCUGUUCGGCUUCAAAGAGGAUCCUUUUGUUUUCCUCACGGAGGAUGACCCAGUCUUCCCCCCCAUCCAAGCGUUCUUUGACUUGUCUCCAGACUUCCCGAAGCUGAACGUGCUGACGCGGACACAUGAGGGCAAGAAGAGGCAUCUGUACAUGGUCUCCAAGGAACUGAGGAAUGUCCUGCAAAAUAACAGCGAGAGGAUGAAGGUCAUCAACACUGGGGUGAAGGUGUGGUCUCGGAACAACGACGGGGAGGCGUUCGGCUGUGCCUUCCGCAUGGCCCAAGAGGGUAUCUACACGUUGUUCCCCUACAUCCGUGCUCGGCGGAUCACCAUCUCUGUGGAGGACGUGAAGGUGCUGCUGACGGAGGAGAACCCCUUCCUGUGCAAGCUCAGCGACAGCGCCCACGAACAGGCCAAAAAGCUUGAAAUGGGAAGCAUUGUCUUGAGGUACCAGCCAGACCCAAAUAACCCUGAUGACCCCCAGUGCCCCAUCGAGCUGUGUGGCUGGCGAGGCAAGACGUCCAUCCGGGCCUUUGUCCCGCGCAACGAGCGGCUGCACUACCUGCGCCUGGUGGGCGUGGAGGUGUUCCUCAACAAGCAGGGCCGCGGCGGGCACGAGAACAACGACAACGGCAACGACAAGGCCAAUGGCACCUCCAAGGAGCCAGAGGGCAGCACCUCCACAGAGGGACAGGGAGACGCCAAGGCCCAGGAGGGAGAUGGUGCUGGUAGUGGGAAGGAGAAGGAUUCCGGUGCCAAUGGGGGCGAACCUGUGAGGAGUUGAGGAGAUGGAGGACAUUGAGGAGGGGGUGGAUGGAGCGCAGUGAUAUUGCAUGCGUUCAUAAACGUCAUAUUGGCAGUAUUCGAUUCGAAACAAGUUCUGGAAUAUUCUUUCGACGCUUGCGGAACAAUGGAGAGUAAACUGGUCCACUUCGAAAAGACUAGGCCAGGGAUGACUGGAGCCCUCAGAUACUUUUUAGUUAUUUUAUUGUGGUACAAACAUAAUUGUUUUGACUCUGAAGAAGACGCACACUGCGUUGAAACGUCAGUCAUUAUGUUUGCACCACAAUAAAAUAACUAAAAAGUGUCUGAGUGCUCCAGUCAUCCCUGGCCUAGCCUUUUCGAAGUGGACCAGUUAACUCUCCAUUAUCUACCGUCCUGGACUGGACGCACCAAGAAGGUUAGGGCGCAAGUGACUUCCCUUUUACAGCUUGUGGAACAGUGUUCUGCAGCCCGAAUAAUAUGGUGUAACUCGGAAAGAAUAAAGGGUUUACCUGACUUGUGUGCAAACAGAAAUACUGCCACCAUUGCGUUUAGAAUCGAAAUAUUCCUCGCAUGUGAGUGACUGCGCUCAUGGAGAAAAAGAGUGGUGGAGAGAGGAAGAGGGGGAUGGCUCACAUGAGAUAAAGAGGAUGAAGAGGGGGUUUCUUUGCUCGUGGAGGUGUUGAAGUAACAAGACUGGCAUCCAGCCAAACUCUAGAGUGUGCUGGUCUGGAUGAGGCGGGGUGUUUUUUUAAAUAGUGUGCACCUUCCUUUCUGCAAUGUUACAGCCCCUUUGUCCAUGUAUACGCUGUUGAUUCUUAUGAAUCGUCACCUACAGAUAAUAACAAAAUUAUUUUGUAUGAUGAUCUUUUUAUGUGUGAUGACAAGGCUCCUAUGUCUUAUUUUAUCUUUUAUUUGUGAGGUGUGUUUUUUCUGAUAUAGUUGUUUGAAGCACAUUUUCUUUUUUUUUAAAGACAUUCAUGGUGCAUAGUUGCCUCUAAAUUCGGUUAAUGUUUCGGUUGUGUACCAGUACACCUGCUAUAGCUGCGGUUGGUCGGAGUGAUUCUUUGUUUAUUUUUUUUCCCCUCUCCCCAUUUGCCAUAUUUCUUAUUUUCAAAUGCUUUAUUUAGAAAAUGCUUGAAAUAAACAUACAUGCUGUGUGUACCAUA